AUGUCCGCCAGCUCUGCAGCCGGUCCUAGCUCAUCUUCGACCCCGUUGGCGCCCUCAAAUGGACGUGAGGCUCCCGAGAGCGACGGCUACAGGGCGAUUUUCGGAAAGGACAAGAAACCAAUCCCGAGAUGGGUGCCCAUUGCGCUCCUUGCCUUCUCUACGGUCGCGAUGAGCGUACCGAUACUUAUGCUGCGCCGAAGUAGAGCUGCGACUCUUGGCAAAGCACUCGCGGAAGCACCCCCACCACCGACUCGUCGAUCUACCUCUGCCGGCAUUCCUAUAGUCAACCCGAACGCGACCUCCCUACCCCUAUCUAUAGCACGUCCACGCUCAUUACCAUCUACUACCGGGGCUGCAAAACCUGAAGACGACUUUAACGGCGCAUUGCAUUGUGCGAAGGCUUUCGGUCUUGCAACACUCCUCGUCGGAACCGGUGCAUUGACAACUGUCUGGGGAAUCAGGACAUACAUGGGCGUGGAGACGACGCAAGAGUUCGCCGACAGAAUGCGUCUAGCCAUCCUCUCCCGAAUGCCGCAACUUUCAUCCCGGAUACAUCGACUGCCGGAAGUCGAAGACGAUGUAUCAAGUUUACCAGGAGAAUCGUCUGAGGCACCGGCAAUGUCUAUUACUCUGUCUCCGUCGGAAGUCGAGGGGUGGAACUGGCCUGCGGCCGAGCAGCGACUGCGGGAGGCAUUCGACAAGGACGGGUUCUCGGGCUGGGCGGCUGCUGCGCUCCGAGAACUUGAAGCCGAGGGUCGACGUGAGAGGACGAAGCGAGGUCAUGUAUAGCGUCUCUACCUCAAUCGACUGCUCUAGCGCUGUGCUGCCG